CAACUCCCUGGAAGGCGUCCACAGCGGUGUGCCCACCCGCACCACGCCCACGCUCACGCCCACCACCCUCAGGAACAUUGAGCAGACCUUCUUAGAGCUCUCUACUCUGCCACAGCCGGAGACCCACACCAACCAGGCCGGCUUCGUCCCGCCUCUAGUCCAGCCCACAGCAGGUAACACGUUCAUCUCGGUGGACAGCAAGUGCUGGGGAGGCGGCACACUCACCCAGAUCCCUCACACGUCUAAUUCCUCGUCUUCGUCGACGUCGUCGUCCGGCGGAGGCGGCGGGGUCUCGUCGAUCCGGGGAGCACACGGCUCGGCGUCGCCCGGGGCGUCCCUUAGCAUGCCGUCCCAGGUCCACCAACAGCAGCCGGGGCGCCGGAUGGGGGGUCGACGCCCCAUUAAGGAUGAGCGGUUGUCAGCCGAAGAGGAGGAACGACGGUCGCUGCGCCGCGAGAGAAACAAGCUGGCGGCCGCUCGCUGUCGCAAGAGGCGGCUCGACCAGACGAACAUGUUGCAGGACGAGACGGACGAGCUCGAAGAUAAGAAGUCAGAGUUGCAGCAAGAAAUUCAACUUCUGCAACAGCAGCGAGAUGAACUGGAGUUCCUGCUGGCCACGCACAAGGCUGUGUGUCGUCGCCGGCAGCAGGUCGCUCCUGUCACCUCAAACACCAUUGUCAACGCCAAUUCCAACGCGCAUCUCCGCAUCUUGAAAAAAGAUGUCAUCGUGAAGGAAGAGCCCAUGGAAGAGGAAGAUUUUGUAAGCGAGAAGAAAAUUAUUGUGGGAGAGUCGCGUCCCAGGCGACCCACUAGCCUCAACGUGGCGCCAGUUGCCCUGCGGACCUCGAGCGUCGCCGAUCUGGGUGUCCCGAUUGAGACGCCAUCGGCCGGGCUGCGCGGGCUUAACUUCGAGUCUAUGAUGGAUGGUGGAACAGGGCUGACGCCGGUGACAAGUGGCACAGGGCUGACCCCACUACAUACGGGUCUCACGCCGCUCACCACCCCAGUUGUGUCCGCUCCUGCAGGCUCAGCCACCUCCAACUGCGGCACUCAGCAGCGCUCCUCCUCUUCUGACCUAUCCUCGCCAGACUCUGUGCCUCCCAAACUAGUGUCCCUCUGAAUGACAACGCCCAUGCGCGCCCACGUAGUUACCAGCGGCGGGCAAGGUGGUAUAAUUGAGGCUCCGCCCCUCAGCUGACCUUUGAUGGAUGCUAGUCCCCGACGCGCACGCCCGCGCUCCCACUCACAACCCACGCACUCAACCCAAACUAUACUUCAGCCUAAAAAUCACCUGCACUCAUUUUUUGUUUUUUGUCUCCGCCUGACAAAAGUUUGUAUGUAUAAAAUGAUCACUUCUUCCGUCUCCUGAAACUUGUAAUAAUAUCAACCAUGUUAUUUGCCUAACAUUGAAAUAAGUUCGCCUUUAAGUUUUAACUUUGCCUUAGAUAUAAAUUGUUGAUGCCUUCAAGCUGCCGCCACUUAGCGCAGUUAUAGCCUUUGAUCUUCACGGCUUACUAAGAGGCCUUUUGACCAAAAUAAAGAUGACGUUACCCCUGUGAUGCUAAUAUGAAUGUAAACAGCUCCUAAUUAUAGUGGAUUAGCUCAGUACCUCCUUACAUACUCGCCGCAACGUAACAAUAAGGAUCUAAAGAAUUUACUCACAAGUUGGUCACUAUAGUGUGCUCCAAGUGGUCAAAAAUAUUUUAGGAAUGGCUGUAAGAGAGAGCAAGGUGCAAGGUACGAAUCAUUCUGAAACUAGUAUGUGCAGGAAGCACAUCAGCUUCGGUUCAGACCUUCAGGGCUGUCAACAAACUGAAUGUAUUAUAUAACAGUUUGCUCUUCUAUGCAAUGAGUUGAUGCAAAGGCAGUUGUUCCAUGCAGUGUAUGAAAUAUAAUUGUUCAUGCUGUACCAUUUAAGGACGUUACUCUGCCAGUGUUGGUACUGUUUAUGCACUCAUUUCGCCUUCACGUGAACAAUAAUUUUGUGAAUUAUUCAUAUACCUCUGUAAUAUAGAUAGCAAAGCUUCACCAAAGACAAAGAAUAUAUUGAUGUAUUUUGCAAAACUUUGCCCAGGAUCGAUUUUGGAAUGGACAGUUUAGUUUGCCUGUACCGCAACAGGUGAAAGGGUAUUUGUCGAGUCAUUACUUCAUCAGAAGAGUAGAACUGUUUUCUAGAUGGGUAAAUAGGAGGGCCAAGUAACUAGUUUUCUAGAUGCAGUGUUCUACUAGACUAUAGCAUCUAGAUGCAGUGAGCUACUAGACUAUAGCAUCUAGAUGCAGUGAGCUACUAGACUAUAGCAUCUAGAUGCAGUGUUCUACUAGACUAUAGCAUCUAGAUGCAGUGAGCUACUAGACUAUAGCAUCUAGAUGCAGUGUUCUACUAGACUAUAGCAUCUAGAUGCAGUGAGCUACUAGACUAUAGCAUCUAGAUGCAGUGAGCUACUAGACUAUAGCAUCUAGAUGCAGUGAGCUACUAGACUAUAGCAUCUAGAUGCAGUGAGCUACUAGACUAUAGCAUCUAGAUGCAGUGUUCUACUAGACUAUAGCAUCUAGAUGCAGUGAGCUACUAGACUAUAGCAUCUAGAUGCAGUGAGCUACUAGACUAUAGCAUCUAGAUGCAGUGUUCUACUAGACUAUAGCAUCUAGAUGCAGUGAGCUACUAGACUAUAGCAUCUAGAUGCAGUGAGCUACUAGACUAUAGCAUCUAGAUGCAGUGAGCUACUAGACUAUAGCAUCUAGAUGCAGUGAGCUACUAGACUAUAGCAUCUAGAUGCAGUGUUCUACUAGACUAUAGCAUCUAGAUGCAGUGUUCUACUAGACUAUAGCAUCUAGAUGCAGUGAGCUACUAGACUAUAGCAUCUAGAUGCAGUGUUCUACUAGACUAUAGCAUCUAGAUGCAGUGUUCUACUAGACUAUAGCAUCUAGAUGCAGUGUUCUACUAGACUAUAGCAUCUAGAUGCAGUGAGCUACUAGACUAUAGCAUCUAGAUGCAGUGUUCUACUAGACUAUAGCAUCUAGAUGCAGUGUUCUACUAGACUAUAGCAUCUAGAUGCAGUGUUCUACUAGACUAUAGCAUCUAGAUGCAGUGUUCUACUAGACUAUAGCAUCUAGAUGCAGUGAGCUACUAGACUAUAGCAUCUAGAUGCAGUGAGCUACUAGACUAUAGCAUCUAGAUGCAGUGUUCUACUAGACUAUAGCAUCUAGAUGCAGUGAGCUACUAGACUAUAGCAUCUAGAUGCAGUGAGCUACUAGACUAUAGCAUCUAGAUGCAGUGAGCUACUAGACUAUAGCAUCUAGAUGCAGUGUUCUACUAGACUAUAGCAUCUAGAUGCAGUGAGCUACUAGACUAUAGCAUCUAGAUGCAGUGUUCUACUAGACUAUAGCAUCUAGAUGCAGUGAGCUACUAGACUAUAGCAUCUAGAUGCAGUGAGCUACUAGACUAUAGCAUCUAGAUGCAGUGAGCUACUAGACUAUAGCAUCUAGAUGCAGUGAGCUACUAGACUAUAGCAUCUAGAUGCAGUGUUCUACUAGACUAUAGCAUCUAGAUGCAGUGUGCUACUAGACUAUAGCAUCUAGAUGCAGUGAGCUACUAGACUAUAGCAUCUAGAUGCAGUGUUCUACUAGACUAUAGCAUCUAGAUGCAGUGAGCUACUAGACUAUAGCAUCUAGAUGCAGUGAGCUACUAGACUAUAGCAUCUAGAUGCAGUGAGCUACUAGACUAUAGCAUCUAGAUGCAGUGAGCUACUAGACUAUAGCAUCUAGAUGCAGUGUGCUACUAGACUAUAGCAUCUAGAUGCAGUGAGCUACUAGACUAUAGCAUCUAGAUGCAGUGAGCUACUAGACUAUAGCAUCUAGAUGCAGUGAGCUACUAGACUAUAGCAUCUAGAUGCAGUGAGCUACUAGACUAUAGCAUCUAGAUGCAGUGAGCUACUAGACUAUAGCAUCUAGAUGCAGUGAGCUACUAGACUAUAGCAUCUAGAUGCAGUGUGCUACUCCACCCGGAUCUUGUGAAGGAUAAUGACUCGAGGACAAGUUUGAGGUCGUCCUCGUGGUCGUCCUCGUCCCCACUGAAUGAAUACCUUACCAAUAACUGUAUUUCCUCGUUACGGACCACAGGUAACGACCAUUCGACCAGCGUUAAGUGUGAUACGACGCUGGGGGGGGGGGGGUUAUUUGCCAUAUUAAUUUACCAGUUGAAAUGCAAUGAUAUUUAUAAUUUUACCUAGUCUAGCUUUCAUACAUUCAUAUGGUAAGAUGCAGUCAGAUCUAUUUAUACCAGAGUAUUUAGAUAAUAUUUUACAAAUAAACAAGAAAUUUCUA